AUGGCAUCAUCUCCACAGUUUUCUUCUUCUACAGCAUCAUCCUCAAAGUCGUCUUCUCCCACAGCAUUAUUACAGUCUUCUAUAUCAUUCCCACAAUCUUCUCUCAUAUCUUUUUCUCCAAUGCCAAGCUCAAAUCAUUUAAAAAUGGUUAAAGAAGAAUUGAAAACCUUCAAAAAUCCUAGUACAACAUCUUUACGAAUGAUCCUUAAGUACCCUUUGCCUCGUUCGAAACUAGUCGAAGAAGAAUCAGAGAUUGGUGCCAAAAAUCAACUUGAGUCACAGGUACCUAAAAGAAAAAAACGAAAAACUAUGCCCUUUUCUCAACUGCUUACUAGUGAAAUGUCGUUAAAGUUGUUAAAAGACGCAGAGGAAGAUGCUGAAAAAAAGGCUAAUGAGAUAAAACGUAAGAAAGAAAUUGCAGCUCAGAAACGAAUAGAACAGGAGGCUAAAAAGGAACAAGCAGAAAAAGCAAAAAAAGAAAACCAAUUAAUCGAAGAAAAAAAAAAAAAAAAGUCAUUUAGAUAA